AUGGACAACGACAUUGCCACCUUUCUUGCUUUCACAGGCACUGAAGACGAAGCAACCGCAAAGAGAUUUUUGGAUUUGACAGGAAACAAUGUCGAAUACGCCGUCCAGCUUUUCAUGGAAUCGGGUGCAAAUGGGCCCUCAACUGCUUCAGGAAAUCAAAAUGAUGAGGAUAUAGCGCAGAGACUACAGCAGGAAGCCUAUGGUGAGGAUAAUGUAAGAGAGGCAGAUACCAAUGUUCAUCGCCACGAGACUUUGAUGGACUCGUGGACGGAUCUUGGAGCAAUGCAAAACCCCAUCGAUAGAGUGAAUGAUAUGUUUGGUCGGGGUCGCGUUGGUAUUUUCAAUCAGAGAUUCGAUGAUGAAGACGAUAUUGAUGACGACGACGAUGCGGAUUUCUCGGACGAACCUCAGAUUGUUGAGUUGGACGAGGACGAUGACGACGACGAGGUGAUUGACGUGGACAACGAAACAUCCCCACCAAGAAACAGGAGAUCGAGAAUGCGUCAAAAUAGAAUGAACGAUUUAACAUCCACUCAAAGGCGGCUAGCCCAGUUAUUCAAGCCUCCAUUUGACCUUAUAGAGCGCACAAACCUCGAAGGAGCCAAGCAGAAGGGAAGACAAGAAAAGAAAUGGAUUCUCAUCAACAUCCAGGACCAGAGCGAGUUUCAGUGCCAGGUAUUGAACAGAGAUUUCUGGUCCGAUCCGGAAAUUAAGCGUUGUGUCAAAAAGAAUUUUGUUUUUUUACAGUUUCAGCAUGAUUCCGUCAAUGGUGAAUCCUACAUCAACUUUUACCAUCCUGAUGGCUUUCCUCACAUCUCCAUCUUGGAUCCUAUGACUGGAGAACGUGUUCACAAGUGGACAGAUGGAGCAGUGCCAAACACUGAAGAAUGGCUCGCUGACGUUGAGAUAUUUUUGGGAAAAUUCUCUCUCAAUCCAAACUCGAAUAACCCUCAUGUGAGGCACGAGGUGAAAUUUGAUCCAGAUGCAAUGACAGAGGAACAAAAGAUUGAAUUUGCAAUGAGACAGUCUGCUGUCGAGAACAAAGGUAAGAGUGCUGCUGAUGCGAUCACGGUCGACGAAGACGAGCAAGUCGCAUCGCCGGCUGAAACUCAAGAUCCGUUUGAGAGCAUCGCCCCACAUAGGCAUGAUGAGCCGACGUCAGGUUCCAUCACAAGAAUACAGUUCAGAUUUCCCAACGGGAAGCGCUUGGUCCACAAAUUUGACUUCGAGAAUGAUACCGUGCUCACCAUCUUCCAAUGGUUGAAAGAUGUUCUCAAGAACCUGGAAGAGUCUAUAUACGGCAUUGGACAGUCUGAUAGAUUCACAAUUUCUAGUGUUGGAAAACCAAAGUUGAUAGAGUCUCUCGAAGAGACCAUUGGGAAUGCAGGACUCAAAAACGCUAGCAUUUUACUUGAGAAGGAUUGA